UUUGGCAACAGUGCUUUUCAGUCUGUGGUCGACUAUUGAGCAAAGUGCGUCGCAAAGUGUGUCCGUGAGGAAGAUUUUGAGCUAAAAGUGAAAUGUCUGACGUGAAAGUCGAAGGCGACGCUCCGCUGCCCCAGAGGACGCCCAACCAGGGCAAUCCGGGGGGCCAGGGGCCGCCGAUGAAGGCCAUGCAGCAGGAUGAUGGCAUGAACGCGGGCCCGCAAGGCAAGAAGCCGCAGCGCCCUUUCCAGCAGGGCGGAAUGGGCAAAAACAUGCGCGGGGGCCACCGGGGCUUCGGCGGACAGAAGAACCAGAUGAACAGGAUGAACAGGGGCAACAUGCAGCACCAGCAGCAGCGCAAUGACGGCGGCAUGAAGAAUGAGCAGAACCGCGACGGGGACGAGCGCAUGCCGCCGCAGCAGUCGCGUGGCCCCUUCCAGCGCACGAAGAACGAGGAGUUUGGGAUUCAGCAGAGAUUGAAGCACCUCCAGGGGCCCAUCCAUGACAUUCCGCCGCUGGAUCAGACGGAGAUCAAGUUCAGUGGCAGGAAUCGCCUCUACAUCGGCAAUCUCACCAAUGAUGUGAACGAGGAGGAGCUGAGGCAGAUGUUCGCGCCGUACGGCGAGAUUUCGGAGGUGUUCUCGAAUCCCGAGAAGAACUUCUCCUUCGUCAAAGUGGAUUACCAUGCAAAUGCCGAGAGAGCCAAGAGGGAAUUGGAUGGCACGCUUCGCAAAGGGAAACCGAUGAGAAUUCGCUUCGCUCCAAAUGGCACAAUAUUGAAAAUCAAGAAUAUUGCACCCUUUGUCUCCAAUGAGCUGCUCUACAAAGCCUUCGAGGUGUUUGGACAGGUUGAGCGUGCCGUUGUGAUUGUUGAUGACCGCGGAAAGCCGUCCGGCGAGGGAAUUGUUGAGUAUUCGCGCAAGGCGAGCGCAAUGACGGCAAUGCGUCUCUGUGGCGAGCGUUGCUACUUUCUCACAUCGUCACUGCGCCCAAUUGUGCUGGAGAUGAUGGAGCACAUUGACGAAACUGACGGAUAUCCGGAGAAGUCGAUCAACAAGAAGAUGGGCGACUUCGCCCAGGCGCGCCAAAUGGGGCCGCGCUUCGCGGAGCCGGGCAGUUUCGAGCAUGAGUACGGCACGAGGUGGAAGCAGCUGUACGAGAUGUUCAAGCAGAAGCAGGACGGAUUGAAGAGGGAGCUGGCAAUUGAGGAGGACAAGCUCGAGGCGCAGAUGGAGUACGCACGAUAUGAGCAUGAAACUGAAAUGCUGAGAGAGCAGCUGCGCAUGCGAGAGCAAGAUCGCGAUCGUCAGAAGAAGGAGUGGGAAAUGAAGGAGCGCCAUCACGAGGAGAUGCGAACGCGCGAGGAGGCGCAGAUGCGUCAGCAUCAGGAGGACAUUCAGAUGCGAAUGAUGCGCCAGGACGAUGAAUUGCGGAAGAGACAGCAAGAGAAUACCUUGUUUAUGCAGGUAAAAAACGUACUUGCGCAACAGCUGAAUUCGCUGCUCGAUCAGCAAGAGCGCAAGAACUUUGAUGAUCGUCGCGGUGGUUUCAACAAUCAAGGCAAUGACAUGAAUCAGAUGAAUCAAAUGAACGACGCCAUUAUGGAUGAUCACUUUAAUAGACAACAACAGUCACGCUUUGACGAUGGUGCGAAGCCCGGCGGCGGUGGUGGAGGCGUGAAUGGUGGACCUCGAGGUAAUCAGCGUCCUUGGGAUCGUCGUGAGGACAAUUUUCCCAACAAACGCCGACGUUUCUAAGUUCUCUUCUCUGUGUAGAGAAAUUCCUACACUUUCACGCUUCGAAUAUCUGAGCAAAACAGAGAGAGAAUGUUGUGAGAAAGGAAGAUUUUGAUUAGAUACUAUAAGUUUGACAUUUAUAUUCAUAAUAACUGUAGAAGAAGUUUUAGAGGAGAGAUUUCACACACACACAAAACACACACUUUACUACUUUAAACGUUGAGAAUUUUCUCACACGAGAGAAUGGAUUAAUAUUGAACUUAAAUAUUGUCACCGACUUCUUGUUAAAGACAGAAAGAAAACUAUCUUUUUAACGCAUUAAAGUCGCAUAGAUUUAAUUGAAGAUAACUAAUGUUUAAGGGUAAAUCAUCAUCAUCAUUUCGUAUUCGGUUGACGACAACUGAAUGAGAAGAACAUAUAAAAAAAUGCAAAUGAAGUGUUUUACAAUUUAGGAAUUCCAUUAAGAUUGCCUGAAAUUUUGAAAUUCUCUUCAGAAUUUCAGUUGAUUGUUGUACAACAAAUUAUACAUCUCUUAUAAUUAAUGAAAUAAUAAUAUAGAGAUUAUUUUAGCGAUUUGAUGUGACUAAAAUCCAGUCACGAGUUCAAACAAACUUUGAAGAAGAAAAAAAUCAGCUGGCAUUUAUGCAUGUCGGCAAUUAUGAAAAUAAUGUACACUUACGUGAAAAUAUACGGUGUGUCUGCAAAAUUACACUAUAUAAAUAUCUCUGACAAAGUGCGAUCUUUGGGGAAGGGAAAAGCUUUGGGAUGUAUUAGCAAAAACCUGUAAUUCUUUAUGUUUUAUUUCAGUUAAAGACGAUAUGAAUGGAUUUAUCGUUCAUCUGCGAUUUGCAGUUGGACUUUGUAUUACUCAUUUGUCUGUAUUUCAGGUGUUUAUCGAUUUUACUGUCUCUUGGUUAUGCCGGAAAUGUCACUUGUGUGUUCCUAGACCACGAUCAUAUAACAAACUACGUCCCUGAUCUUCUAGCCACGGCCAAAAAGGGAAAACUUGGCUCACAAUCUUGGAGUUGAUGAUAGGGUUGAAAGAAAAGUCUAAGUGAUUUGCUUGGAAGGAAACUUGUGUAUCUGGGAUUAUUUGCGCUUUACGACUUUGAACACAAUCGACAAGAGUGAAGAUGAAGAUGAAAAACUAGUAGGAAUUUUCGUAGUCUGCGUAGACAGAAAUGUCUUAAAGUCUAAUUUCUAAGAUUUGCAUGUAAUGCAAAUAGUGAAAUCAUUGGGAUUUCUUAAGUUUUGUCUACUCUGACGAAAUGAUAAAACGAUUUCAGACAAUCACGAUCAAUAGACUCGAUUCUGGACUAAAAAAAGAAGAAUUAACAUCUUGGAUUUAAAGAUUAUAAAGAUUUUUGAUGAAGGCUGUUUGGAUUUUGAUAUUUUUGUGCCAGAAUUGAGCCUAUAUUUGAUUUCUAAUCACAACUAAGCAUGUUUUCAUUCUCAUUCUUAAAAAAAAUCCUCACUUUUCACUUCCCUGCAUGAACGAAUAUUUGUAUUUAAUAUAAACAUUUCAUCAUUUCCGACUACCGGUUUUGGAGCUUCUCUAAUCCCAACUUAAGGACUCUAACUCGAUUCUGACAGACGAGACUGAUGAUGUUAAUUUAGGGAAAGACAAAUCAUGACUAAUCUUACCCAAAACUAUGCGCUUGCGAGAAGCAAGACGAAUUUGUGAUGCAAAGUGAAAGAAAGAAAGAAAGAAA